AUGCUCAUGAUGAGCUUGAUCGAGGAUGGCAGAUCUUCCAAGACGGACAUCAGUUUUUUCGUCCUCGGAGCAGCUACGACCAUUACCUGGGACAGCAUCUAUAUGUCGGUGUCCUACUUUCAACAAUUCUUGGGCAAGCAAGUCCUCUCGGUGCUUUCUCUAUGUUUCAGCCUUCCUCUCUUCCUAGCGAUGCUGGGAUGUUUAUGCCUGAAGAGACAGCUUCCGGUGCACUUGAUGGCACUUCUGGUGAGACUAUGCAUUGCGUAUAUGCUGGGAUUCUCCCUCUUGAUUCUGCUGGCUGGGUUUUGCGACAUUGACAUGCCUGUCUACUUGUUGUGUUCACUGGUGGGCCUGUGUGGAAUUAGCUCAGGCCUGAUGCAGAGCAUGGUGGCCUCGGUGAGUGGACUCUUCUCCCAGUUCUCCCUGCAGUGCGGUGCCAGUGGCGCGGCCCUGAAAGGCACUGGAGGCGCGAUCCUGGUCCCUAUGGCUGUGCAAAUCAGCUUCCUGCCUGCGGCCCUUGCUGGACUUGCGACCGUGAACAUGAGUCUGAUGCUGGUUUUUGUCCUUUCCACUGCUAUUCUGAGCUGUUCGCUUGCAGCCCUCCGCACUCUAUCCAGGAGUUCCACUUGGGCGCUGGCGAGCGAACACAUCGGUGCAGCCAGCGGCUGUCUUGAAGAAUGUCGUAACCCGGUGGACAACACCCUUGGCCGAGCUCCUUCCUUCUCCCGUGAGCGUCUUCUGUUGGUGAAGUGGUGCGCGGUGGGGCAGGUCUUCAGCUUGACUUUGACAACCUUCCUACUGGCCUUAUCUCCGCACGUACCGCCAUGUGAGAGCACAGAAUCUGCCAUAUUUUGGGAGAGGUAUUUGGCCACAGUCCUAGUGGCGACGCAUACUGUUGCGAACUUCCUUGGGCGCAUCACUGUUAGUGGCCAGUGGUGUAGACGACCAGCACCUGUGGGAGUCUUGGUCUUCGUGGUGCUCAUUCGCCUACUCUUCAUACCAUGCAUUCUGGGCUAUACCCAUGGCCACCUGCAUUGGCUGCUACCGGAAGAUCCACGCAAUUUGAGCAUCAUCGUCGCCUAUGGUCUCAUGUCCUUCACCGGUGGCUUAGCUGCCAUGCUGCUUUCGCAAAAGGCCCAAUCCCUCUGUGGCCACGAUCACAGAACAGCACAGAGGCUCAAGCUGCUCCAGCUUCAGCUCUUGAGAAAUAGUGGGCAGUACAGCCGGCGAAAAGUGCGACACAACGAUGUCUUCGAGUUCCACAUGGCCCAGAAGAUCCCAGCGUGCUCUUUGAGCUCCGACUUGGAGGCUUCUUUUGAGGCCUCGCAAGUGUCCGAUGCCAUGCAACGGUCCUGUAACAUCUUCCUGGCGGCCAGCGAUUGUGACUGGAUGCACGGGGUGUUCUGCCAUGAGCAUCUCCUGCAAGUGAGGUGUCCACUUCUGUACCGCUUGGCACAGGAGCGUGCGCACGGUGCUCCAGCAGGCGAAGGUGAGGACAACUUGGACUCUUUGCUGCAGGCUGUGAACGAUGAUAGCCCCGGCAAGGUGCCACGCAAUCCGCCACCUGGUUGGGUGGCCUCGGAGUUGGCGUCCUACUGUUGUUGGAUCCCAGUGGACUUGCCUCAUAUGAUCCUGCACCACUUCGUUCUCUUUCUCUACUCUGAAAAUACCAG